UUUCACUUGGUCUCCAGCAGCUCUACCUUCUUAUCUUGAUCUCCCGAACGAUCAGCAUGAUAGGACCCGCCCGUCGACGUCGAAGACCAGCGGUCUCGUGCUCUCUGUGCAGACGCCGCAAGAUCAAAUGUGAUCGUCAACUGCCGUGUAGCCACUGCACUCGCUCCGGGAAUGAGGCCACCUGCGAGUAUGACAAUACCGAGCUUUCUCGGCCUCCGCAGUCGGCGUUCGGUGCCACGCCCACCAGACCGGCUCCGUAUGCGAUACCCACUGAUGGAAUGUCACAUACCAGUCGCACAGCCCCAUAUGCAAUCCCCACUGGUGGGACAUCGCAUACCAGCCGCACGGCAUCCUCCGUGCCCAGUCCCCACUCCGCUGCACAUACUACCGCCUCAACCAAAGCCUCGACUGUGGCCAGUUCCCAGUCGGACCCGAAUGUGGAGGCCCUCAGAGACAGAGUCCGACAGCUGGAACAGCGACUGGCUGAGAUCAUAGCCAAGCCUGCAAUCCAGCCGCCUCCAGUGGCCCCAAUCCCGGAGGUCGUAACCGCAGGUUCCACGUUGACUGGGUUGUUCCAUUUGCAUCAUGAGAACGAUCCUGCUCGCCCGGCCGUAGCGAUCACUCGUAGUAUCAUGCACAAGUCGCGGCUCUUCGGCCAGAGCUUCUGGAUCAACGGGAUGGCGACCGAGUUCUGGAACCUCUUCCAAAUCCUGGAAACCCAUGCGCGAGACCAAGGCAGUCAGGCGUUCAGCAGGAUCCAGAAAUGUAAAGCAAUCGGCAAGAUCAUCAAGGAUAGACGCACACCCUCCUGGCCAGUGGUGACCGCCAUCCCACUGCCCCAGAAAACAAUUGCCGACCAGCUGGUGGACUGCUACCUGCGCACCAGCGAAGCCAUCCACCGCAUCCUGCACAUUCCUACCUUCCGUCGCGACUACGAUGCUCUCUGGGCGGCCCACAGCACGCCGGACCCUGCGUUUGUGAUCCAGCUCAAACUGGUCCUUGCCAUCGGGGCGGCCACCUACGACGAACACUUCACUCUCCGUCCGUCGGCGAUGGCGUGGGUCUACGAGGCGCUCACCUGGCUCGCGAAGCCAGAGUACAAAGUCCACCUCAGCAUGCAGUUUCUCCAGCUCAACCUCCUCGUUCUUCUGGCGCGCGAAGCCACCGGCAUCGGCGGCACCCUCACCUGGAUCCCCGCAGGCUCACUCCUGCGCAUGGCGAUGCACAUUGGUCUGCACCGCGACCCGAACCACCUCCCCAGACGCACCCUCUUCGCCUCCGAGAUGCGCCGCCGGCUUUGGAACACCGUCCUCGAACUCUCGGUUGCGUCGAGCAUGCUCUCCGGCGGGCCGCCGCUCCUCUCCCUGGAGGACUUCGACACCCUGCCUCCCAGCAACUACGACGACGACCAGCUCACCGCCACCACCACCACCGCCAGCAACGACACCGACCCCGACAACAACCCCGCACCCCCACAACCCGAUCAUGUAUUCACCCAGACCUCCAUCGCCAUCGCAUACCGCAAGACCUUCCCCGCGCGCCUAGCCAUCACGCAGGCCCUCAACAACAUCAACACAAAGCUCACCAACGAGGACACCCUCCGACUCGACGCCGAUCUCCGCACCGCGUACCAAGAAACCUGCCACUGCCUCCACACCCUGACAACCCCCACCCGCACAGCCGACAUAUCCCGCACCCCGUCCCCCUUUGCCCUGCACCUACUCGACUUCCAAAUCAACCACUACCUAAUCGCCCUGCACAUCCCGUACUUCAUCCCCGCCCUCCACGACCCAAAGACUUACGCCUACACCCGCAAAGUCCUCACCGAAACCGCCCUCCGCAUCUGGUGCACCGCCUGGCCGGCAUCGGCCAUCAUCCACCCCAUCAUAUCGGACCCCCACCCCGCCCCCGCCCCCGCCCCCUCCCCCUCCCCCUCCCUGACCCAUGCCCAUGCCCAUGCCCAUACCCAGGUCUACACCCCAGACCCCGACGCCCAACUCCUCGCCAGAUACAUCGCCAACACCGCCAGCCCCUACACGCAAACCACAAUGCAAGCCUGCAACCUCGCCGCCUUCGAGCUCUGCGCCCAGCUGCGCGAGGCCUGCUCCGCUGCCCCGCCGGCCCCGUUUGCUGCCGCCGCGGGAACACCGCUGUCUGGUUACCACUCCCACUACCAACCCAUCCGCCAAGACCUCCUGACCAUCACCCGCGAGGCCACGCCCUGGCUCCGUCGGUGUCUGCGCAGCGGCGAGACCAACAUGAAGGGAUACCUGCUGCAGGCGCUGGUCGAGGCGCAGGUCGAGGCGGUGCUGCGGCGCGUGCCAGAUACGGACCUGGGGGGGUGGUUGGUGGAUGCGGCGGAGCGGGCGGUCGAGGAGGCGCUGGGGAUUUUGCGCGAGGUUCUUGGGGGGGAUGCUGGUGGUGAGCU